AUCUUCAGAAGAAGACACGCGUGUUUUCAGUGGCACCGCUGGAGUUCAGUGUAGCCGGUGUCGGUCCGUUUAUCCCGGGUUGUGAUGGGGGACAGCAGCCGGUUGUGCUCGGCGUGGCUCGGCUCAGAGACCGGGAUCCUAAAGGGGGUCAGUCUGUCCCGGAAACAGGCUUUUAACUUCUGUAACACGAGCCACCUGAGCCGAGACCAGGAGGUCCGUGCUCUGUGCUGGGGAGACCCCGCGGAGAGCGAGCUGCUGGUGGGCUCCGUGGACGGGACCGUGAAGACGUUCAGCAUCGAGAAGGGAGCUUUUACCGAGAACCGGCGCUGCGGGGAGCCGACGGAGGGCUGCUUCACCGGGCUGGAGGUGCUGGACGGAUCCCGGCUGAUCACCUGUGGGGAGAGCGGGACUCUGCGGGUGUGGAGAGAGGACAGCAGUGAGCCCGCGAUGGAGCUGGACGCAGGGAAGAACGUGUGCAGGAUGCGGCAGAGCUCCGUACAUCGGCAUAAAGUUGCUACCGGUGGGAAGGAGAACGGCCUGAAGAUCUGGGACCUGGAGAAACCAGAGAAGCCCGUAUUCACAGCGAAGAACCUGCGGGACGACUGGCUGGAUCUACGGCGGCCACACUGGGUCAGGGACAUGGCCUUCAUCCCGGACUCGGACAAAGUGGUCACAUGCACAGGUUUCCAUCAGGUGCAUGUGUUCGAUCCCUCCUCCCCUCAGCGCCGUCCCGUCCUGGAGGCCGAGUAUGGCGAGUAUCCGCUCACAGCUUUGUCUCUGCCUGCCAGCGGGAACUCUGUGGUGGUAGGAAACACGCAUGGUCAGAUCGCCAUCCUGGACCUGAGGAAAGGUUUGGUCCGUGGCUGUCUGAAGGGGCUGGCGGGGGGCGUGCGGGGGCUGCAGUGUCACCCAUCCCAGCCUGUGGUGGCCUCCUGUGGCUUGGAUCGCUUCCUCCGCAUCCACAGCCUGGAGGACCGCAAACUGCAGCACAAAGUCUACCUCAAGUCCCGCCUCAACUGCAUCCUCCUCUCCAGCAGAGACCUGGAGGAGGCCGGAGGGGCUCAGGGGGAGGGGUCAAAGGAGGUGAAGGAGGAGGAGGGGGAGGACGAUGAAGUUUGGGACAACAUGGAGCAGGUAGAAGAGAGGCCAAAGAGAAAAAACACAGAGGAGGAUGGAGAAGAGGAGCUACAGAAGAAAAAGAGCAAGAAGAAGAAAAAGAAGGGACAAGACUGAGGGGUGUUCAAGGACUUAUUGGAGCGUUGGACAUUUGAAAUACAAGAAAGAUAAGAACUUUAUCUUUACAGGAUGAGAUGUUGGUUUGUGUACGACUGAGAUGUCUCUACAGAUGUUUUUGUAAUGGUUUGUGUAAGAGCUUUAUUAAAAUAACAGUUUCAAAUCA